GUCUAUGAGUUUUUCGCUACACAGAUAUUCUUUCUAAGCUUCUGUCAAUCAUCAGCAUCUUCCAACGUCGUAUAGAGGAUUUUGCUCUAGUCAACAAGCAUUGCCACAAAUUCCUUCGAAGGAAACUUUAUUUCGAGUAGAUUGGCUGUUAGAGAACGUGGUUCCGGACGCUCUAAAAACAGGGAUAAUGCCUUUUAUCGAGAUAUGCUGUGAUGACGUAUCUUUCGAAGAUAAGCUCUACAAGUACAAAUUUUCAAAAAAAUCCGAUCUGCUCAUGCAUGUUGCGAAGAUAAAGUUCUAUUUUCGUUAUCGAUCACCAUUUAAUAAAGUUGAGAAGAUUGGUUCAUGUAUUUAUGAAAACGAAGAUGUUGUCGUGUUGCUAUGGCGGUUAAGUACCUUAAAAUCGAGUAUUUGGACAUAUCUUCCGUCAUUCCUCACAAAGCGAGAGCCUAAUCUGAUUACCAUUGAAGGAGCACUGGAUAUACAUGUCAAUUGUGAAGGAAUGGUUUACAAGAUAGUUAAUAGGAAGAUGACAGCCUCCGAUCGAGAAGGUGCCAAAGCCAUGGAGGUUAUGAAAAUGGAAAUAGAAGAAACACGAAAGAAACUGGAAGCGAAAGAAGUUCGUCGAUUGGCUGAGAAGCUUUGUGAAGAGGAUAAACGUCGCAGGAUCCUUUAG